UUCUCAUUACAGCAAUAGGGAAAAUGAGUCCUCACCAAAAUACCCAACCAAGAUUGCCAGAGCGGGGCAUUACUUGAAGAUGACCUUCUUACUGGCCGGGUGGCUAUUCUUUACGCUGGUAUUCUUAAUGUACAACGAGAAGGAGGUAAUCGUCAGAUAUUCCACAGUCAACCCCGGGGAAGUUAAAAAUUACAUGCUAAACGUGUCAGACAGUCAACUGUCAGUACUAGUAAGGUUGUCAGGACCGUUUCUGACAGAACAGGCGCAGAACAAAAUGAACUUAACAGAUUUAGAAGAUUACAAGAAGAUGGUAGUUUGGCUCGAAAGGGUGACACAUGUGGGAAGUGUCAUGCAAGAGCCUAAUACGACUGAAGAGAUUUCAAAACCCUGGACAAUAAUCUUACAAGACAACGAUUUAGACUUUAGAGAGGGUGAACCGAGGUCGGCCAUUUUGAGCCUUAAAUUGAACUCGACCAAUCACAGCGCGUAUGUUUUACGUUUGCGUACAACAGCCAAUCAGAGCACGCCGUUCACUUUGAACUACAAGAUAAAUCCGCUAGAUGACAGCACUGGUGUCAUAUACGCUUGCAUCCUGCUUUUUGGGUUGUACGUGAUUAUUAUAUUUGAGGUAAUAUGUUUUAAAACUAAAGUUCAUAAAAGAUGAUGACUUUUUCAUACACAAGAAGUA